CUUACCAAAGCGUGACUAUAAAGAGAAACAUGCAUGCUUUUAAAGCGUGGCGAAAUAUUUUUCAUUAUCACAUUUUUGAAAGCGUCCCUAUUUUUUCUAACUCUUUUGACGCCCAUAAAAAGCGUGGCAACAAGGUUCCCAGGACUUUUUUCAAAAAACUGUCAGAGAAAGGCUCUCGAUUCACUCUACUAUAUUCUCCAUACGUCGGCGCCCCCUUCCGUCUCUCCUGUAAACCCCUAUUCCUCCCUCGGCGGUGACUCUCUCUGGCAAGGUCUCCCUCGGCGCGCUCUCUCUCGCAAACCCUCAAUCGUCGCUCCUCCCUCCAUCGCUCAGCACCCGCUGCCGUUGCCGUCUCCCUCUUCCACACUCGUCGCACCUCUGUUUCCUCUCUCAACCCUCCUCUUCGCCACCCGUUAGCGCCAACCGUCAGCCACGUUCAGCAUUCGCAGCGCCGUGGUUUUGUUUCUAAACUUCUUGAUAUUUGGUUCUGUUCUGCUGCUGCUGUGGUAGUGCUCAGCUGCUGCUAUGUGGUGCUGAACUGCUACUGCUUUGCCUGUUCUGUUCUGCUAGUUUUUCUACAUCAUAUCAGCAGCUACUGCUCGAAAAAUUACAGUGAAGUCUUUUUGGAUUUUGCUCCAAGUUCUGUCUCAAAACUGAAUGAGAAAGAUAACUACACCAGGAAGCAUUGCCAGCUCAUUGUUGUCCGAGCAUACAUGUUGCCAUUGAUGCAUGUCUGGUGUUUGGUAUUACUAUUUCAGUUGUUGUAUGUUCUAAGUUUAAUUUAUUUUAGGCUUUUGAUAGUUCUUUAUCUGCUGAUGCUGCCGCUGCCACCUCUUAUAUUUUGCCUCUGCAGCAGUGUUGCUCCACUGCUGGUGAGCCAGUCUGCUGCGGUAGUCCUUCUUAACUUAGUUUUCUUCAUGCAAUAAAUCAAUAUGAAAUAUUGUUUAUUAGAGUACUUUUAGCUUGCUAUUCAAUCUUAAUCCAAAUUAUUCUAUGGAGACAAUAAAAGUAGUGGUUUUUACCAAUAUUAUUGCCAUGUCUUCACUUAUUAUGGUGUUGUUUGUUUGAUCUGUUUCAAGUAGCCUCUUUUUCAACUUCUAUGGAAAUUCAUGCCCAGUUAUAGAUGUGGUUGUGAGAAAUUGCAGAGUUGCGCUGAGAGCAUACAGAGAUUGCUAGAGUCGCGCUGGGAGGCUGAGAAGACCGUGAAGAUAUGUGAGGAAGGUGGAAUCAUCAUCAAGGAAGGAGAGCGUGCAAGGGUUUUGGCUAUUCUUUGGAAGGAAAAUAGCGCCAAAAACUAUGAAAAGAAGCAGAAGCAAACAAGUAAGAAGGAGGUAGGCCAAAGUGUUUACGAGCGCAAGAAAUCCCUCAGAAGGAGAAGACCAUGAAGACCGCCUGAGGAACACUACUUCUACCAGAGGAUCGCCGUGCCAGGUCGUCGUGGAGCUAACACCGGCGAGCUACCUCAAACACUCCCUAUCAUCGGUUAAGCCAUCGGACCGCAGUGGAGCUCUCCUCUCGGCGUCUCUGGUCGCUUCUGGCGUGGUUUCUGAUCGGUUCCGACUAGGCUCUGCAAGAGUUCCGAGUGCUACGUCGUGCGUGCUGGUGGGUUUGUUUGAGAUGAUUGAUUCUUGGUACUGUGAACCAAGUGGCAAACGCAGCGUUGUUGUGCAAUCUUCUCUCCCGGUAACUUCCUCACGGCCGAAUUGACACUCUGUUUGGCCCCGUCUCUCUAUGCUGGCCCUGGCUUUCGGAAUUGAGAUGAUGGUUUGAAUCUGCUGGCUGGAGUUGUCUUGUUCUUGGUUGGUUUCAAAAUGCUCAUUGAUUCGGUACUAUUUUACCUCCAAAAUCAACUUCAUAUAUAACAUGUUCGAUGAAAUGCUCCAUAGAGACAUUUUCCUUGUAAACUCCCUCAUCACCUCAUAUGUUCGCCGUGGAGACCUUGCCGCUGCAUGGACCCUCUUCUGUGAUGUGCGACGCACACGCUCUGACCUUGAUGCACACACCUUCACCCCUGUCCUUCGUGCGUGCUCUUUGUUACCACUCUCUAAGCGUGGCAAACAAGUCCACACACACAUGAUCAAGACCGGUGCAGAUAUUGGAACUGUGGCAAAAACUGCACUGAUGGACAUGUAUUCGAGAUAUGGGUAUUUGGAACAAUCCAAAAGGAUCUUUGAAGAGAUGGUUCACAAGGAUGUUGUUGCUUGGAAUGCUUUGCUUUCGAGUUUCUUGAGGCAUGAUCUACCCCUUGAAGCACUAAGUGUUCUAAGAGAAAUGGGAAAGGAGAAUGUUGAGCUCAGUGAGUUCACACUUUGUUCUGUGUUGAAAUGUUGUGCUUCUUUGAAGGCCUUGGAAUUGGGUAGACAGGUUCAUGGUUUGGUGGUGUCCAUGGGGCGUGAUUUGGUUGUGCUGAGCACUGCUCUUAUUGAUUUUUACUCCACUGUUGGAUGUAUUGAUGAUUCUUUGAAAGUUUUCUAUAGUUUGAAGGGUUGGAAAGAUGACAUGAUGUAUAACACUUUGGUUUCUGCGUGCAUCAGGAAUAGGAGGUAUGAUGAAGGGUUCAAAAUUCUGAGCUUGAUGAAGCCUAAUGUGGUUGGUCUUACCAGUUCUCUGGUUGGCUGCUCUGAGAAUCUGGAUCUAUGGGUAGGGAAACAGAUUCAUUGUAUCACGAUACGUCAAGGUUUCACUUAUGAAACUCAACUGUGCAAUGCCUUGUUGGACAUGUAUGCUAAAUGUGGGAAGAUUUCACAUGCUCGAUCAUUGUUCGAUGGAAUUUGUCGGAAGGAUGUGAUUUCCUGGACAUCUAUGAUUGAUGCAUAUGGUCGGAAUGGGCGUGGACAUGAAGCUGUUGAGCUGUUUGAGCAGAUGAUGGAGGAUGGCAAUAAGGUGAUUCCGAACUCUGUGACUUUUUUGUCUUUGUUGUCGGCUUGUGCUCACUCUGGAUUGGUGGAGGAAGGUAAAAAAUGCUUCAAUUUGUUGAGGGAGAAAUAUGGUAUUGAACCAGAUCCAGAGCAUUAUGCAUGCUUCGUAGAUAUCUUAGGCCGAGCCGGUAACAUGGAAGAAGUAUGGUCAGCAUAUCAAAAUAUGGUUGAGCAAGGUACUAAGCCUACUGUAGGAGUAUGGAUAGCAUUGCUGAAUGCUUGUAGUCUUAAUCAGGAUGUUGAAAGAGGUGAAUUUGCUGCAAAGCAUCUCUUGCAGAUGGAGCCUGAUAACGCUAGCCAUAUUGUGCUUGUAUCAAAUUUUUAUGCAGCCAUUGGAAAGUGGGAUUAUGUAGAUGAGUUAAGAAGCAUGAUGAGGACAAAAGGGUUGGUCAAGGAAGCUGGCAAUAGCUGGAUUAAUGUUUCGGCCUUCAGUUAAUCUAUAAUGUUCUUCACUAUAAUGCUUGGUUAAUCUAUAAUGUUCUUCACUAUAUACCAUGCAGGAAAAACCACACUUGUUCCAAUUUGAAGACAAUUUCACAAGAUGAUGUUGGAAAAAAGGUCGAUGGGGUGCCUGUGUUUAGUGCCCAGAACUUAGACAUUGCAAUUGCAACUAAAGGAAUUAAAUGGUAUACUCCCUACUUUUUUGAUAAAGGCGUGCUUGAUAACAUUCUUGAAGAAGCUGUUGAUCAACAUUUCCAUACAUUAAUCCAAACUCGACACUUGCAGCGACGGCGAGAUGUGGUUGAUGACAACUUAGCAGCAGAAGUGAUUGAGGAAAUGAAUGAUAGUUUAGGGGAUCCUCCAGAGGUUCAGGAAGUCCCUAGAUGAAAUGGGCCAUCCAAGUAUACCACUAAGUGUUAUUUCAAAAGCUGCAGAACUCCAGUUCCAUUAUACUGUUGACAAGGUAAUCCUGGGUAAUAGGUGGUUGCGGAAGCAACAGGCAUACAACCAAAAUUUCCCUAUAUGGUUGACUCGUUUGAGAGAAGAAGUGAAGCUUCUUUGCUGAGGAUUUCAGAUUCAAGCAGCUGUCGUGAUAACUCUAAAGGGGAAGAUGAUAGGAAACAUUCUGAAUGCAUUGACUCCUCUUGUUUCAAUUUGGAUGAUAACAAUUCUACAAUCGAAGACUCUCGUCCCAAAUUUAGGCUACCUUUUGGUGGUUGGUUUCACCAAAAAUAGCAGGAAAAAGUAGAAUCCUCGAGAAAAGGGGUACACAAAGAAGAUUCAGGACUGAGUCCCUUCCUUCUGAAAGUAACAAUGAUUGGUCUAUCUACAGAGGAAGCCAACCAGAUGAGCAAAGCUAGUUUGAAAAAGCAAAUGGAGAAUUUAACAAGAGUUGGAGAAGUCAGAGUUAGAUAAUGUGAGUGGUAGUGGUAGCAGUGAGGGCAGUGUAGAAGAUAGAGAUCCACUUUUUGUAGCAAACGUUGGUGAUUAUUAUUCUGGUAUUGCAAGAAAAGGACCUGGUGGCUGGAUUCGUGGAGGAACCAACUGAAACCUUAAUUUAUAGAAAGACAACUCCAUUUGCAGUUGCAACCUUUCAGGUAAUUGUGCUCUUGUGGAUAUUUUUGUUUGUCUCCUUAAUAAAAUAUAGAGAGGAUUUGUUAGAAACUAACAGGUUAAAACGUUUCUGAGGUAGAAAUAAACUUAUAAUGAGAUAGAGGUGCACAAUGCCACUGCAUACUAUGAGCUUGAGAUUGGGGCUGGUCAAUGUUGUAAAUUAUUUAUGUUUUUUUCCUUGUAAUCCAUCAAUAUGUCCCAUUUUGUUGACUUUUUGAGGAUUCAAGUGAAACUUUUGUACCAGAUGAAUUGAAACUAUAAAUCUUAGAGACUAUCGCCUUCUAUAUUAA